GAUCCAUUUUCUGGUUUAACCUUGAUUGUUAAUUUUUUAAUUUCUAUUCCAUUUGUUUAACUAACCAUUGGAACGGUUUGUUGACUAAUUACCGGCUAUCAGUUUGUUGUAAUUCCAUUCAAUUUUUAUAACUGUUUCUUUUGCUUACUCUCUCUCUCUCUCCUUACCGCUUGUUUUAUGUGUGUGUCUGUUUCCUUUAUUUUGUUUUUUUUAAAUAAAUAAUUUAAAGUGAACUAUCUAUGCCUCCAACAAUGAAUGAUACUGUUGACAAUUUGGCCAAUCAAUUGGAUGACCAAAAUAUUGAGAAUGAACCAGAAGUUAAGGUUACCUUUGCUGGAGCUGCGAUGAAAUUGGAUUCACAUCAUGAUGCUGAUCCCAUUGUUACCGCUAUCCGAGAUGCUCCUAAUCUUACUUACUUUAAUCUUGAAGGAAAUACUCUGGGUGUUGAAGCUGCUGAAGCAAUUUCACAAGCUCUAACAAACACCAGACAUCUCAAUCAAGCCAUUUUGAAAGAUAUUUUCACCGGUAGACUUAAAACUGAGGUGCCUCAUGCUGUAAGAUCCCUUAUGGUUGGUAUUCAAAUGUCAAAUGCCCGUUUGGUUGAAUUAGAUCUUAGUGACAACGCUUUUGGUCCUAUUGGUAUGGAAUCCUUGGCACCUUUUCUUGAAAGUGAAUCUUGUGAAAAUUUGAAAAUUUUACGAUUAAACAACAACGGUUUGGGCACUGGUGGUGGUAAAAUUCUGGGAAAAGCAUUGAGUAAUCUUACCAAAUUGGAGAUUUUUAUCUGUGGUCGAAAUCGUCUUGAAAAUCCUGGAGCAAGAGAAAUUGGUGCAUCACUUUCUGGAAUGAAUAACCUACAACAUAUUGAGAUGCCUCAGAACGGAAUCCAUUUGCCUGGAAUUGAAGCAUUGUCCAAAGCUAUUAAGAAUAAUCUAAAAAUACUGAACCUUAAUGAUAAUACUUUGACAAUUGAAGGUGGUAAAGUUAUAGCUGAUGCCUUGAGAGAAACUCGACCUCAACUUGAAAGUGUUAAUUUCUCCGAUUGUUUAUUGAAAAGCGAAGGAUUUUCACACAUUCUAAAUGCUAUGAAAGAUACUGGUAUUCUUGAAAAUUUAAAAUUUUUAGAUGUUAGUGGAAACGAAAUUGGUGGUGAUGAAGUUGUCGACUUGAUAACAAUGACAUUCGGUGAUACCUCCAAAGACUAUUCCGGUCUAACUUUAAACCUAAGUAGUAACUGUUUUGGCGAGUCUAAUUGCUUAAUUAUCUCCGAUGAUUUGAAUGAAAGGCUUAAAUUGGUUUUAGAGGAAGAUGAAGGAGGACAAGAAGAGUACGAGUUCCCUGAAGAUUAUCUUGAAGAUUCUCACGAUGCUCCAGUUCCAGAAUCUGAAAUUACUUCCGAUAAAAUUUCCGAUGAGAUUAGAGAACUGGCUGAAGACGAAGAGACAACUUUGGAUCAACUAUGUUCAACUUUUGUUAAUAUCACAAUCCAAGGUUUUGAUGAAGUAAACGGAAUUGUCAAAGAAAAUGUAUUGAAAGAAGCCGAUCUAUUGAUGAAAGCAAUGAUUGACAAAAGCCCUUCCUACGAUUCAGUACAAUCGUUAGCAGUUCACAUGGGAUUACUCAAAAGCGAAGAAGGUUAUCAUAAGAAACCGAAAGAUUUACGAGGACCUUUCAUUGCGUUAAUCUCUUCUCUAGGUCACUUGAAAAAGAACCAAGUUGAUGCAUUUCAAUUUCUUCUCAAUCGACCCAAUCCAUCAGCUGAUAGAACUGGAAAAAUAAAGCACAAACUAUUACAAGCUUUAUUUGCCUAACAAAAAGUCAACAGAGCAACAAACAUGGACCAAGUAAGAUGAAGAAAAACAUUCAAAGAAAAAUUAAAAGAAACUCAAGGAAAAUCAGAACUACAGGUUAAAGGAUUUAAGGCUCGCACUUUUCCCUUCAAGCAAAAUUCACCUCUAAACAGAUUAAUUAACUCAUUUAAACGAUCAUAUGAAUUCAAUUAUCUUCCUAUUCUCUUAAAACAUUGUAAAUUUUAAAAGAACCAAAAAUCCAAGUAAAAACCCUAAACUGUUUAAGAUUAAAUUUGUUCACCUUUUCUCCUGA